AGUGAACGUUCGUGGGUCACAAACACUGCAGUUUGGUUUGCUAUCGGCUCAUUGCGUGUGCUUCCCCAUCAGUGCUGUGUCGUCUGUUUAUAUUGUCUCCGUAUACUGUGACUGUCCUUUCUGUUCCUUUCCUAAAUGCAUCCGCUUUUGGUACAGAGUUUCGUCAGCAAGUUCAGUGUUCUCCAGCAACUCGGCCGGUCAACAGCAACAAUCCAGCGGUUCUCCUUACACACCUCCAAGAUGGUCCUGAUUAAGGAAGGCGAUAAAAUUCCAUCGAUCGAUUUAUACGAGGACUCCCCGGCAAACAAAGUCAACAUCGCUGACCUUUGCGCGGGAAAGAAGGUCGUCCUGUUUGCCGUUCCCGGGGCGUUCACGCCAGGCUGUUCCAAGACGCAUCUGCCUGGGUACGUCGAUAAGGCCGACACCAUCAAAUCGUCCGGGGUGCAGGAAAUCGUGUGCGUCUCCGUUAACGAUCCGUUCGUAAUGUCCGCUUGGGGCAAACAGCACAGCACCGCCGGGAAAGUGCGCAUGCUGGCCGACCCGUCUGCCGUUUUCACCAAGAAGCUGGAAUUGGGUGCCGAUUUGCCCCCGCUCGGCGGUCUGCGUUCCAAACGCUACUCGAUGGUACUGGAGGAUGGCGUCAUCAAGUCGCUUAACGUUGAACCUGACGGUACUGGAUUAUCCUGCUCAUUGGCCGACAAAAUCAAAGUCUAAAGGGGCAUUGCGAUGGAUCAUACACACAUAAAUAAUCGAUUUUCGCAAGGAAGAAGAUUCAAUAUGUCUUGCACCAUGUUAAAGCACAUAUUUUCGACUAACAAAGUUAUCUGAAUGGUAUCCGGCACCAGCAAUGAAAUCAAACCUCUCCUUCUCGAUGGUUAUAGACUCAUCUGGAUCAAAUAGUGCAAACUAAAAUUACCUUGUUGAAUAAUCGGCGUUUGAAACGUUGUAACCAUUUCUCAAAUCCAUCGAAAUUUUCUCAAAAAAUCCUCAUAAGAAUAUCAAAUAACUAAAUUCAUUAAGUGUUACUUUUGUAGAUCCUCUUAUUUAAGAGAAUAAAUAUUUGCUAUAGCUAAAUAGAA